CCUCACUGCUCAGUCCUCGACACUUAUUAUCGACAGAGCACCUACUCGUAUAUUCCACAUAAGAACCACCCCAGCCAUCACAAGGGAAAAAAAAAAGAAAGAAAAUGUCAAAAUUCGAAACCGCCCUCCGUCUAAUCGAUGAAGCCCACUCCCGAGACCCAACCCUCACCACCGUCAACACCAAUACCAAUGAAACCAAGACAAUCCCCUACGAACUCCACUAUGCCCACCAAAUGACAAAAUACCUAAACUUCCUCCGUCCCUCGGCCCCAGAAACCCUCCAACUCGCCAUCCGCGCGCAACACCUCCGCCGCUGGGAAGUCCCUCGCAGCUCCUACCCUUCAACGAAACCCGGCUACUACGCCUGGCGAGGAUACCUCGCCAAACGCCAGGGUGAGAUUGCAGAGAAGAUAUGUCUUGAGGCUGGGUAUUCGGUUGCGGAGGCGGAGAGGGUGAGUGCGCUGAUUCGGAAGGAGGGGUUGAAGACGGAUGCCGAUACGCAGACGCUGGAGGAUGUGGCGUGUUUGGUGUUUUUGGAGGAGCAGCUAGAGGAGUUUCGAAGGGGUUAUGAGGAAGAGAAGGUUGUGGGGAUUUUGAGGAAGACGUGGGCUAAGAUGUCGCCUGGUGGGAGGGAGAUGGCAUUGAAGAUCGAGAUGGAGGGGGAUGUAAGGCGGCUGGUUGAGAGGGCUGUUAGUGGUGUUUAAAACAUUCAUCCAACAAUACUUUGGACUUGUGGUAUCAUCCAGUAAAUGGGAGAUUUAUUAAGCACCAACGCCAUGCUAUGCAAAUAUUAAUAUAGUCGAGCCAAAUCUUCAAUUGGCGCCGGCACCAUCAAUCAACCACACAAGAGCAAUAGCUGCCCCCGCCGCAACACCACCAACCACGCACAUCUGGACACCUCCUUUGAGGCCCGCGAUGGUGUGUUCUCUUCCGGCCCAUCCACGGACAAUGCACGUCUUGAUGUAUCCGAACGCGAACAGCGUCACCCCCAUCAC